AGCAGGUCCAUCGUACUGACAUCGUUUCCCAUCUACCUUGUCUUCUGAGGCUCCUCUCACGUCCCAUUCUGAGUAUGACUCUCGCCUCUCUGGGCCUCUGCGCCGGAUCAAUCUACGUCUUCUUCCUCCUCUGGGCCCUCCUUCAAGAGCGUCUCACCACUACUCCAUAUACCCCGCAUCACGACCCUUCGUCCUGGUCGCCCCUGGGAGGCAAAAAACAGCAAGCAGAGUAUUUCCGGUCUCCACUGCUGCUCAACUGGCUACAAGCCACCUUUUCCACACUAGUAGCUGCGGUAUACCUAACGCUCAAUCGGUCGAAGAGCGAUCAGAGGCCACUUCUGGACAGGUUGGGACUGGGCGCCCUCUCCUCGAGGGGUGCAGAACGGCUAGCCAAGCCUACUCCAGCAGUGACCCGCAGCCAGACCAAGCAGCAGAAUGGUCAUGCUCUCCCAAUCCCUGACAAUGUCUCGUCGCUAGUCUCACCACUCCUGCUACGCUACCUCCUCAUCGCUACUCUGCAGUCCACUUCCUCACAACUUGGUCUGCACUCCCUCGCACACGGGAUCUCCUACCCGACACUCACCUUAGCCAAAUCCUGCAAAUUGGUACCAGUGCUAAUCAUGAAUGUGCUACUAUACAGACGCAAGUUUCCAGCGUACAAGUACGGCGUGGUGACACUAGUAACGAUCGGCAUCUCCAUCUUCAUGCUCUUCAAUGCCGAGAGUGAGAAGAAGCGCUCUGCCAAGGGUCCUGGGAAGGGGGACAGUCUCGUUGGCGUUGGGCUGCUAGCGCUGAACCUUUUGUUGGAUGGAGCUACAAAUUCAACGCAGGAUGAGGUGUUCCAUCGGUAUACGGUCAGCGGACCACAGAUGAUGCUCGUGAUGAAUGCCCUCUCCUCGCUCCUCGUGGGCGCCUCCCUCCUCCUACCACUCCACUCCAUCCCUCUGAUUGGGGCAGCGCUGGGUAGUAAAGGUGGGAGUUCAGAGCUACAGACGGCAAUGGCAUUUAUUGGAAGACAUCCAGAGGUGGUGAGGGAUCUGCUGGGGUAUGCCAUGGCAGGAGCAAUUGGACAAGUGGCCAUCUUCGAAACGCUACAGCGCUUUGGCAGUCUUACUCUCGUUAGCAUUACAGUCACCCGCAAACUCUUUACCAUGCUCCUAUCCCUAAUCGUCUAUUCCCACCACCUCACACCUUACCAAUGGUCCGGCGUCGGUCUUGUCUUUGUUGGACUGGCCAUCGAGGCUCGAGAGAAGCGGAGAGAGGGGUUGAUGAAGAGGGUGGCGAGUGAGGGAGAGGGAAAGGCAAGGGUCAAGGAUGCUUAGAGACCGGACGGCGAGGGGUUAGGUGCAAUAGAGGGAGAGCGAACGCACUUGAUAUCGUGCAGCUGAGCUAGAACGUGAUGGUAUCAUUGCUAGAUUCGUAGAUAUUCCGAUCCAGUUUGACCUGUAUUCUUAUCCUCAAAGCCGCACCUCGCCCCGGAUAACUUCACUCGUGUCUCCACCGAUCCAGAUCUCUCCCUUUUCACUCCCACUUGCCGCAUCGCCAUCAGCAUUUACGUACACUCUGCCCCUUCGGUCCAUACACUUUCCCUGCGAAGCAACAU